AUGGCGUACCAGGAAGGAGAAUCGCUUGAAUCUUGGCUAAAUAAGGCCACACACCCAACCAACAGACAGGAGGACUGGGAAUACAUAAUUGGAUUUUGUGACCAGAUCAAUAAAGAAUUAGAAGGUCCACAGAUUGCUGUAAGAUUGCUGGUUCACAAAAUACACUCCCCCCAAGAAUGGGAGGCAAUGCAAGCAUUAACAGUUUUAGAAGCAUGCAUGAAAAACUGUGGGAGAAGAUUUCAUAAUGAAGUAGCAAAGUAUAGGUUUUUGAAUGAAUUGAUCAAAGUGGUUUCACCCAAGUAUAUGGGAGACAGCGUCUCAGAGAAGGUGAAAACAAAGAUUAUCGAGAUGUUGUACAGCUGGACGGUCGCUUUUCCGAAUGAGGCCAAAAUAAGCGACGCUUAUCAAACGCUGCGGAGACAAGGGCUUAUCACCGCCGACCCUGAGCUCCCUGUAGAUAAGACACUGAUACCAUCCCCUCCCACACGCCCCAAGAACCCAGUGUUUGACAAUGAAGACAUGGGGAAGUUGUUGGCAGAGCUUCUGAGAAGCAAAAACCCAGAGGACCUGCAGGAAGCUAACCGACUCAUAAAAAACAUGGUGAAGGAGGAUGAUGCACGGAUGCAGAAGCUGACCAAACGGGCGAACACGUUGGAGGAAGUGAAUAAUAACGUGAAGCUUCUUAGCGAAAUGUUGUCUCACUAUGACAGAGACAGAUCCUCAGACGCUGACAGGGAACUCAUGAAGGAGCUCUACGAUCGUUGUGAUAAGUUGAGACGCACUGCUUACAAACUAGCCACAGAAACGGAGGACAAUGAUAUGAGUCUAGGUGACAUUCUGCAGGCAAACGAUGAUCUCUCCAGAGUCAUCAGUUCUUAUAAGAGGAUAGUCGAAGGGCAGACAGACAACGGGGAGAGUGAAGAUCCCAGAACAGCAGCUGGGAACGCAGGCAGUGAAACAACGGGGACAUUGAUUGAUCUGGCUGGCCUUGAUGAACCUUCCCCUCCUCAAAACGUUCUGCCUCCCCAAGUUUCCAGCGACCCCUCGGCCAAUGCUCUCUCUUCCUCCAUCCCAGUGCUGCCACCUCCACCUCGACGAUUGGCUGGAGGCCAUGUCAGUCAGACAAGCAGUCCUAGUCACCAAGGAACUGCACAGUCCACAGCGCUCUCUUUGCUUGAUGAUGAGCUGCUAUCCCUAGGAUUAAAUGAUCCUCCCUCUGUUCCAAACAGACCAAAGCUGGAUGAGUUAUCCAGUCAGUGGACAUCCUUACAGGCUCCUGAGCCAGCCGUGAGCUUGUUUGGCGCUGCAUCAGCACCAGCCCCUGUGUUUCCACCUGUCCAAACAUCUACAAACCUCACCACUGCCUCCACUCAUGGCUUACAGGAUCUCUCUAUGCUGGAUUUUGGAGGACUCAGGAGCGCGCCUGGCCAGGCCAGCUGUAGUUUUGGGAUCUCAACAGCUGCCGGGUCCAUGCCGCCGUCUCUAGCCGGCGUCUCUGGCCCGUCCACCAACCCCUUUCUCCAGAGGGGCGUGGCACCAGGGUCUCCUGCGUUGUCUCACACCAAGGCCCAGACUGCCAGCUCCAUGCCAGGGAGUCCUCUCUUUUGUUCUCUGUCCCCUAUGCACUCCUCCCUCCAGAGCAGCCCAGCCAGAGUCCCAGACACAUCCCUGGCCAACGUGCAUGUUCCACUGGAUGCCAUCAAACCCAGUAAAGUGCUGCCUGUGACAGCGUAUGAUAAAGAUGGGGUACGUGUGUUGCUGCACUUUGCCACUGAAUGUCCACCUGGGCGGCCAGAUGUGCUUGUGAUUGUGGUGUCCAUGCUAAACACUGCACCACUGCCUGUGCAGAAUGUGGUCCUACAGGCCGCUGUGCCCAAGUCUAUGAAGGUGAAGCUACAACCUCCAUCAGGAACAGAGCUGGCUGCCUUUAACCCCAUCCUGCCCCCUGCCUCCAUCACUCAGGUCAUGCUGUUAGCUAACCCACUAAAGGAGAAGGUACGUCUGCGAUAUAAGUUAAUGUUCCUGCUGGGAGAGAAGCAGUACUCUGAGGUUGGAGAGGUGGACCAGUUUCCUCCUGCAGAAAGAUGGGGAAACCUAUAGAAAAAGUCACCGGAGGAAAACGUAUCCAUCCGUUUCUGCUGAGCCCGAUCCAGGCAUACC